AUGAUCACAGAGACUGUGUGCAGAAGUGCAAAGUCCGGCAGUCUAGGCUGGCCCAUCUCUGGCCUCAGAUGGGUGACAGGAAAGGAACCGCUUUUAGGACUAAACUUGUUUUCUGUCAGCAACGGAGGACAUGGGUGCAGCACCAGUAGAGAGAAAGAUGCAGAGGAGAUGAACCUGCAGACUGAUAAUUACAGUAUGGGUAGUUUUUCCGUUUUUGAGGGAGCAGGCCACAGACCCAAGCAUCAGUGGAGAGAGAACGGCCACGUCAGGAAGCUACAGAGAUACAGAGCCCAGCGGCUGAUGACCCAUUUUCACCGAAACACAGCCCAUGAAUCUGAGUGCCACGUCAGAUGUGAGGGACUCACAGAGAGACCCUGUUUACACAAAUCAUUGACUUCACUAGUGCCAUUAAGAAUUACAGUGAAUGGACAGAGAGGAGGUUUAGGAAUCUGCAUCGCUGGAGGAAAAGGCUCCUUGCCUUACAAAGACAAUGAUGAGGGUAUUUUCAUUUCCAGAGUGUCUAAAGAAGGACCAGCAGAGAAAGCAGGGGUGCAUGUUGGGGACAGAGUGUUGGAGGUCAACGGUCAAGACAUGCAGGAGGCUAGCCACCCCAAAGCUGUCAGUGCCCUGAAGAAUGCUGGAAGCUGUGUAAAAAUUAGAGUUCUUCGGGAGAGAUGUGUGCCCAUUAAGCCGCAAGCACACAGGAAGCCUGACGCCAUGGAAACAGAGCAACAGUCCAGCCAAGAGAUGGAUUUUACCGCACACAGGGACAGGUCCUAUGCCCCAAAAUCCUCUUAUCCAACACUGGGCUCCAGGUUAUUAGAAAUCUGCAAAGGAAAUAAAUCGGAUGAUCAGGAUGAGUUAAAGCCAACGAAAGACACAGAGACCUUCAAAACCAAUGCCCUACAGGUUGUGAAAAACACCAUGAUGAUACCUCGGAUAAUUUUGACUCACCCCUCUACCUCAGAUGAAGAUGUGGAGCCGCUGACACAGGAGUCAGAUGACAGAGAUUUAUAUGACUUCAUGGGGUUUGAGGGUCACGUCUACUCUAAUUUCUUGAACAGUGCAUUUUAUCCUGUAUGAAAACUCCAGAAGCACGCUGACCACAGGUCACUCACUCUGUGUACUUGUCCUUGAAGUUACACAAGUUAUUUGUGACAUUGUAAAGUGUAAUUAUUGUAGCUAUUACUACAGCACAAUAGAAAGGGCACAUGGUAUGGUUUAGUCCAGCAUAUGCCGAUAUUAACACACACACAUAAACAUGCUUGGUAAUGUUUUCGGUUGGAAUUGAUUAUAUAAAUAUUUUGCUAAUUGCUGUCACUGUCUAUCCAUCUAUUCAAAAAAAUCGAUGAAACAUAAAAAAAUACUAUUGGUUUUAUUGGGUGAUUGGGAACCUCAAAAACCUUUUUGUAUGUUAAAAAGACAUUUCUUUUUUCUGGCUGUAACAAUCACUGUGGAAUUCCCUAUCUUCUAAGAUUAGAAAUGCUGAAUCCCUUAGUGUUUUUAAAUCGUCCCUUAAAACUUACUUCUUUAGGUUAGCGUUUAGGUGAUUUAUGUGAUUAAUCUGUGUUUUAUUACUUUGACAUGUUUUGUUUGAUAUGUUUUUAUUGCUUGUACUUGUGGGUUUCUUUUUUACUUUAUAUCUGUAUAUGUAUGUAAAGCGCUUUGAGAUGCUGCUUUUAAAGGCGCUAUAUAAAAUAAAGUUUAUUAUUAUAUUAUUAUUAUUAUUAUUAUGUCGAAUGAAACACAAUGAUCUACAUACUCAGCACAAGCUCAUAACAGACUGGCUAAAUGCAUGUUUCGAUUAAAUAAUUAAGGUAUUAAAUAUUGUUCAAACUCCAAGAUUCAAUUACAAUACAAUGUAACUACAUAUUUUCUUACCUUGCAUACUUAAAUUAUAGCUCAUCAGUUUUUACAUUGCCCAAGUGUAUUUAAAGUGUUUUCAUUUGAAUGUUCAUUUUAUAUUUAAUAAAUAUUUACUCGCCUCAAGGUGGCUACGUUAGAAUCACAUAAUCUAUUUCCUGCUGUCCCACUAGUACCCUAUAUCAUUAUAAGAAGCCUUUGACUCUUGGAUUAACCAUGAGAGAGCAUUAUAUUUCUGCUAUGGCAUUGGUAACUUUUGCUGUAACGUGAUG